UUCAUCGUUUUCUCAUUCCCCAUAACCAAUCCCCCACUGCUGCUUUCUCUGUUUCUCCUCUGGACCACGGAUUCAUCCCUCCCAACUUGUUCUCCAUUUUCAACUGUGUCAGAUAUCGCACCCCUGUGACGACUUAGUCCUCUUUUCUUCAUUUAUUUUAUUCUAGUUCUGACUCCUAAUACUUUUGCUUUUCUCUCUGCUUUUUUAAUUCCAGUCUUUGUUAGGUUUGAAAGCUAUUAAAUACUUUCUAGUUCACUAACCCUUGUCCCUAUUACAUUUACAUUUCUUCUUCCUCCUCUUCUUCUUAAUCCUCACGUUUCGCAGUCGUAGCUAUUGUUUUCUCUAAUGGCUAUUGAGUUUUUCUCAGGAAAUUCUGGGGAUCCCGUGAGUCCAAGAAUCUCAUUCUCUUAUGACUUUCAUUCUAAUGCAAUCCCAGUUGAGCAACACCUUUCUCGAUCAAAUUCCUGGGGUUUGAACAAUCCGUCCUUUGAUUUUGAUUUCUGUGUUCGUGAAAGCUUUGAUCAGGAGGCGUCUUCAGCCGAUGAGCUUUUCUCAGAUGGGAGGCUCCUUCCCUCUGAAAUCAAGAAGAAGAAGAAGAAGAAUUUUCCCCAGAAACAAACAGAUCAUCAUCAGUUUCUGUUGCCCCAUCAGCAUAGAUCUCCACCCCCAGAAGCUGUUCGAGAAAAUGUCUCAAUCAUGAAGGUUUCGAAGCCAGAGAGGCUCAAAGAAGAAGCAGAUGUUGAAAAGCAAGUUCACAAUCACAAGUCAUUUUGGCGAUUUAAGAGAAGUAAGAGCUAUGGAACGGGGUAUGGAAGAAGCUUAUGCCCUUUGCCACUUCUAUCUCGAAGCUAUUCAACAGGAUCAACUUCGCCUUCUACCUCAAGUGUUAAGAAGAACAUGUCUGUGUCAAAAGAAGGUAAGAAUAACAAUACGCAGAAAUUGCAUGCUUCAGCAAGGUCUUCAUCUUCCUCGUUGUGUCACAACAGUUAUCUAAAACCUCCCCUGAAAAAAUCUCAAGCAUCUUAUGGUAAUGGCGUCCCUGUUAUUCUCCAUGUCCCAUCUGCAAAUCUAUUUGGGUUCGGUUCAAUCUUCUCCAAAAGUAAAGACAAGACAAAGAGGAAGUGAUUAUACAUUUCAUUGCGUGUUCUAUUCCAAUCAUUUUACUCUGAUCCUUAGAUUAGAUUAGUGAACUGUCAAUAUGGUCCUCCACAGAUAUUUCUUGUAAAGAAAGCGACCUUUUUUAUCUUUUCUGGUUGUACCGUGUGGUGAUGCAUUGAGAUAUGGGCAAAAGUUGUAUGAUCAAAGACAAAGUCAAACACAAGGAUGUUUGAUGGUUGUGCAGAGGAUUCAUAGUACAAUGGAGGCACAUGGUAAGAAACUCAUCCUUGUAUUGCUGUCUCUUCACUCUUGCUUAUUCUUCUGUCGCUCUGUUUUGUUCUUUGAUCAGAUCAGACCAUGGCUGUAUGCACUGAUUUUAUUUACUUAUCUAUUUAUAUAUUUAUUGCUUCUUGUUCUGUGUGAUCAACUUUAGAUAGAACAAUCAAGUAAUGACACAGAGACGGUGGUUGUCCAGUUGAAUGCCCGAAGAGCUUGCUCUGUUUUUCUUGUCAUUA